UCGCGCCAUUCCCGUUCAGGCGUGCUAAUCGAUUGCACCGUACCGAGGCGCCGCCCGGCCAUCGACCCUUAGCCAUAGUAGCCAGACUGCAGGGUGAAGUCUAGAAUAACACUCCCCCCACCCUUCACCUGCUUGCUUGGUGUCAAAGAGAAGAGAAGCGAGUCGUUCACUUACGUAUCCCAGCCCUUUACCCAAAAGCCAACCCAUUCUCAUCAUCGGGACCCAGCAUACACCCCAAAAGUUUCCCUCCGGCACCCUUUGACUCUCUCGAAAUAGCAUUUACGGAUCGGUCACCAUCACCCGAACCUCGCCAACAUCGGUGAACGCCUGUUUUCAGGAUGUCUGGGCUUGGAAAGUUGAGUUCGAGAGGGUUGACGCUUGAGGGUUUGCAUCCAGCGGCCGAGACGUCCAAGGCUGUUGAUCCGAAAUCUCCGCUGAACGUUGACAACUGCAAGGUCGUCCACCUCAAGCUAACCAAGGAGGCUUUGCAAGAGAUUGUGAACAGUAAUGGGAAAGGUCUUAAUCUGACAUUUGGCAGGAACAACGCACUUCACAUCGGCAAUACCACGCAUACAUUCUUCCCACUCGCCAGCAAUGGCAUGCAAGUCUAUAAGCUUCCUCAUCACGUUGAGAAUACGGCAGAGUGCUACGGUAAAGUCGAUCGGACUUUUCAAGUCCAGCGGAGAGGAACCGCCGUCUCCGAAGCUGCCAAAGCGGCCAACCUCAGCGCCCAGAGUUCAGGUCGUUCGAUCAAGGUCCUUGAUGAAUCUAUCCCCGACACCAAGAGAGGUGUAAAGGUCACCACCAAGAAGCCGAUCCCUCUGCAUUUGCAAAAGAACACGGCUCUGUCGGGCUCAGGAACAAAAUCAAUGCCCUCUUCACCUGCUUUCCCUGCACCAAAGGCCGUCCCUAAACCUCAAACUCCGAACUUCAUGCAACUGGACAAGUCAGCACCAAAGCGAGCCGCCGCGUCUCCUCAGUUCGCUUCUGGUCUCCCGGAUCUCCGCUUAAGAGUCGCACACAUGCUGGCUCUGAAUGGUAAAAUGAAGAAAGGUCCCCUUCUGCAGAAAUUUCGUGGUUCGGGAUCAGGAAUCCCCGAAAUCACCAGGAUCUUGGACCAGAUCGCUACGCAUUCAGAUGUGUCUGGCAGCCCGGAGUACGCGUUGAAGGAUGAAAUUUGGAAGGAGAUUGAUGUAUGGGCUUAUGGUUCGUGGACCGACGAAGACCGUGAAGCAGUGGCGAAGAAGGCGGCUGACGUCUUCGACAAAUUGGGUUUGAAAUCAGAGCACCCAGCUAGGUUGAGAUUGAACAAGGGCAACAAAGUCGAACAGAAGAUCGUUAUGCCGGCCUCUCCGGCCAACAGUGAUGUUAGUGUAGCGGCUCCCAGUCCUCAGCCGCCCAAAAGCAGGCCUGGCGGUGGCAUCUUUGUGGGCAAAGACUCUACCAAGGCAGUCACGAAGCACAAGAGGACUGCUAGUGUAUCUUCUGACAAGGCUGCGAAACCUGAAAGCCCGCUUGCCACUAGGGCGAAUGCUUCCACGCCAUCUGGGAGGAAGCGCAAGCCUGAGCACGAUGACGAAGAGUCUCGUACGAAGAAGGUUGCUAAAGACUCGGCACAGGAGAAGAGGGCACCCAUUGAGAGAAACAGGGACUACAUGCAACUUCCCAACAUCCCUAAACAUCGCAGCAAUGCUUCCAGGACUAUGACGGAGGAGCAGGUUAGGACGCCCAUCUCGCCUGCUACAGCCCCGAAGAAGCCUUCGCCACUGGGAACGGCGGACCCUAUCAGCGCUUCGGACCUACGUAAGCUCAAGGCUGGAGAUGAGCGUGAUGAUGUGGCUAUCAAUGAACGUCCGUCGAAGCGUCCCGCCUCUGUUGCCAGUUCGUCUGCAUGGACGAGAAGUGUGGACGAGUUGAUGGAGCUCUCGCGCAGGUUUGUCGAGGAGCAGCCUAAAUACGAAAAGAUGCGCAUCAAAGUGAACGGAAUGAAGCCAGGUACUCCUGAGUGGACAAAGUUGCGUGCAGAGGCUAAGGCGCUGGGUCGCCAACUUGAGGAGUGGAAGCGAGCGAUGUGGGAUUAUGCAAAUGCUACACAGAACAGUACGCCUGCUGGCUCUUCCGAGGUGACAGGCUUGGGUAUCACCGUAUGAGCUGGAACAAAAAUAUCUUAAAUCGGCGGG